UAUAAAAUAAGUCGUUAGCUUUUGUUCCUCUCUCCAGAAUUAAAAACCUCUGAGAGGGUGUCUGCUCUGCUCCAUCCGGCGCUGCCACUCCUUUUCCACCUCUCUCCCUUGCCGCCUUUGCAGAAAAUUUGGUAAAGGAGCAAACGCAUUCAAGUUUUUAGCGGCCGCUUUUGCAAUUAUUGCUCGACUCCACAAUCACGUCGUACAUACAUAAUUCAUUGCAUAUACAUACAACACUUCCUUUUCUCUCUAUAUAAAACUUCCAUUUCUUUGAAGAAACAACCCAACAUUUAUUUGCAUCUUCCAGGAUCUAGGGACUACGGUAACGCGAUAAUCGAAGAAAUGUUGGGUGAAAAGCAAGCUGAGGAGUCGAUAGUUCCGUCGAAUUACAGCGAGACUGAAAAUGGAGAAAGAGGCGGGAAAGGAGGAGAUGGUGAAUUCGAAGAUCACUCUGUUUUCAGUAUGAAAAAUAUACUAUGGCAUGGAGGCUCUGUUUGGGAUGCUUGGUUUAGUUGUUCGUCAAAUCAAGUGGCACAAGUGCUAUUAACCCUUCCAUAUUCGUUUUCUCAAUUGGGAAUGGUAUCAGGGAUUGUUCUUCAAAUCUUCUAUGGUCUUCUAGGAAGCUGGACUGCGUACCUUAUCAGUGUCCUUUACGUUGAAUACAGAGCUAGAAAAGAGAAGGAAAAUGUUAACUUCAAAAACCAUGUUAUUCAGUGGUUUGAAGUUCUUGAUGGAUUGCUUGGGCCUUAUUGGAAAGCAAUAGGUCUAGCUUUCAACUGCACUUUUCUUCUCUUUGGCUCUGUAAUACAACUUAUAGCUUGUGCAAGCAACAUAUACUACAUAAAUGAUCAUCUGGACAAGAGGACAUGGACAUAUAUUUUUGGAGCUUGCUGUGCAACCACUGUCUUCAUUCCUUCAUUCCAUAACUACAGAAUCUGGUCAUUUCUGGGCCUUGGAAUGACCACUUACACUGCGUGGUAUAUGGCGAUUGCAGCUUUAAUCCAUGGCCAGGUUGAUGGCGUUGAACAUUCUGCUCCACAGAAGCUUGUGUUGUAUUUCACCGGCGCCACCAAUAUUCUGUACACCUUCGGCGGACAUGCUGUCACUGUUGAAAUUAUGCACGCGAUGUGGAAACCCCAAAAGUUCAAGUAUAUUUACCUUCUUGCCACUCUCUAUGUUUUCACACUAACCCUUCCAUCAUCCGCCGCCGUCUACUGGGCCUUCGGCGACGAGCUUCUCAACCACUCCAACGCCUUCUCCCUUCUUCCCAAAACCCGGUGGCGUGAUGCUGCCGUCAUUCUCAUGCUCAUUCAUCAGUUUAUUACAUUUGGAUUCGCAUGUACGCCGUUGUAUUUUGUGUGGGAGAAGGUAAUAGGGAUGCAUGAUACAAAGAGCAUAUGUUUACGGGCAGUAGCGAGGCUGCCCGUAGUUAUACCCAUAUGGUUUUUAGCUAUCAUUUUUCCUUUCUUUGGACCCAUCAAUUCAGCAGUUGGGGCACUUUUGGUCAGCUUCACGGUCUACAUCAUCCCUGCCCUUGCCCAUAUGCUCACCUACAGAAAAGCAUCUGCCCGACAGAAUGCGGCUGAGAAGCCUCCGGGUUUCCUACCAAGCUGGACCGCAAUGUAUGUGAUCAAUGCCUUUGUGGUCGUAUGGGUUUUAGUGGUUGGGUUUGGAUUCGGUGGAUGGGCGAGCAUGACAAACUUUGUACGCCAGGUUGACACAUUCGGUCUGUUUGCUAAGUGUUAUCAGUGUAAACCUGCAGUGCCGCCUCCACCAAAACAUUGACUCGAUAAUCAUGAGUCAACUCGGAAGUAAACGAGCUUUUUUUUUUUUUUUUUUUUUUUAAUUAAUAUUUUUGUAUUAUAGAUGGGGAGCACAAAUUAUUUUCCCCUACAUGUGAUGUGUCGUGGAUUGUUUACUAUUUUUUUUUGUUUGUUUUCUUUUUAAUUUAAGAAGUAGAUUAAAAAUAUUUGUGAUGAUUGAGGAUUCCAAGUGUUCGCUUAAUUUAAAUUCAUGUUGCUUAGUUUUGUUA